AUGAAAAAUCGAUUUCGUAAGACUCACAAUGUUAUUGAUUAGAUUGAUGGAAUCAAAGAAAUUGAUGAUGAAACUCUUAAGAAUCAAAGAAAUAUUCUCAUAACUAUUUUGGUCUAACAUUUAUUUAUAUUGUGGACAUGUCGAUAUGGAGAGACAUACAUAUAUUAAAUAUUUUUAGAAUUGUAUCUAAAAUACAAGAUAACCAUAUUGGUUGUGAUUAUAAUAAUACUUUUAAAUUCUGAUCUCUUUAAACACAAACUCAAGAAAUAACCAUUUAGGUAAUUUUAGAAAUUAAUCCUAGUUUUAUCCUAUAUGUAUCAUUUACAUUAAGUUUAAGCUUUUUGUUUGUCAUUUUUGACUCAAAUAAUGAUGUAUAACUUUUAUUAUAUUCUAAUAUUUUCCCAAUAUUAGGAUUAAUAAUAUGUUCUUUGUUUUAAUCACAUGAAUUUGAAUAUUCAAGUGUUUUCAAAUGGAUAUUAUUCUCUUAAAUGACUUUCAUUACUUGUAUUAUUUUUUUAUUGGAUUCAUAAUUUGAUAAUGCAUUAAUAUGUUCAAGUUUGUCAUUAGCUUAUGUUUGUAUACUAAUUUACUAGUUCAAAGUAUGAAUAGAUUUAAUUAGAUAGACAGAUAUAUUGUAUGAAAUUGAGGAAUAUCCUUUGAUUUCUUGUUUAAAUAGUUAUACAUAGAUCUUUAAAUUAUUGUUUAAUUUAAUUGAGGCAUUAUCAGGAGAAUACAGUAUUUGA